CCUUUCUUCCUCCUCGAUCUCCAAAAACUCUCUCUAGUCCCCACGGCCUCCGCCCCACAUGGCGCCCCACGCCGCCGCCGCCGCUGCCGGGACGACAAGGACGACGAUGAACGUGGCCACGGCCGUGUACCGCGUGCAGCUGGCCCUCCUCGACGGCGCGGCUGCCUCCAACGAGCCCCUCCUCCACGCGGCCGCGGCGGUCCUCUCCCGCGCCGACUACGACGACGUCGUCACCGAGCGCUCCAUCGCCGACGCGUGCGGCCAUCCUCCCUGCGCCAGCCCGCUCCCCGCCGCGGCGGCGGCGGCGGCGGCGCCGCCGCGGUUCCACAUCUCCCUCCGCGAGCACCGCGUCUACGACCUCGAGGAGGCCCGCAAGUUCUGCUCCGAGCGCUGCCUCGUCGCCUCCGCCGCCUUCGCGGCCUCGCUCCCGCACGACCGCCCCUUCGGUGUCCCGCCCGACCGGCUCGACGCCCUCGUCGCGCUCUUCGAGGGCGGUGGCGACCGGCCGGGGCUAGGGUUUCGGGAGGUCUCCUCCGGGAAGGACAAGGAUGAGGGGAGGAAGUUGGAGAUUCGGGAGAAGGAGGCGCCUGGGCUUGGGGAGGUGACGCUGCAGGAGUGGAUUGGGCCGUCGGACGCCAUCGAGGGCUACGUGCCGCGACAUCACCCCAUCCCCGAAGGGCCAAUGCCAGAAGCUAAACAGAGAAAAACUAGUAGAGCUGACCAGUCCAGAAAUAAGAACUUGGAUUCUGCAACUUCAUCUUCAGUUGAAGCACCAGUGAGCUCAGAAGUAAUAGCUAAAAAGUUAAAUGACAUGGUCCUUGGUGACAACACAAAGACAAAGAAAAAGCAAGUAUGUGAGACCCCAUCAAAGAUGUUCAGGCCGGAUGAACAUGGCGAUAUGUUGUUGUCCUGUGUAACAGAUUCCAUUGCGAAACAGCUAGAGGAUGUAGUUUUGGAAGAGAAAAAUGACAUGAAGAAAGAGAGACCAACUAGAGCAUCAUCAAGGUCACGCAAGAGUAAGCCUGCAAAAAAACCAGCUGGAAGUGAUGGACAUGAAGUGGGCUUUACUAGUACAAUCAUCAUGGGGGAUCAUGUUUUGGCAAAGAUGGAUCAAGGUCCUGUGGGUCAAUAUAACUUUGCAACUUCUAUAGCAGAUAAUCAGCCAUCAUCAUCAUCAUCAUUAUCAUCAUCACCAACUCAAUAUACAGCAAGAGAUUUAACGGGUGCUUACACUGAACAACUGAACAAAGAAUUCAGUAAAGCAGUGAACCUCGGAAAAGACGAGGCGAGUGAUGAAAAGGUUAGAAUUGUACCAAAAUCUUCAUUGAAGGCUGGAGGAUCCAAGAACAAAAGUCAGUCUGUGACAUGGGCAGAUGAGAAUGGAAGCCUCUUGGAAAUAAGUAAAGAAUAUGUAAUCCAUUCAGAUGACAAAAAACAUUAUAAGGAAGACAUUGAUGGUUCACUAAGGCGUGAAUCUGCAGAGGCUUGUGCAGCUGCGCUUAUUGAGGCAGCAGGAGCUAUUUCUUUAGGCACAUCAGAAGUGGAAGAUGCAGUUUCUAAGGCAGGAAUCAUCAUAUUGCCUGACAUGCUUCACCAGAAUCAGUUCAAGAGUGACAAUGGCAAAAAUACAGUAGAAAAGGAAAUAUCUGAAACAGAUAAUGGUGUUGUGAAGUGGCCAAACAAGCCUGUUUUUCUAGACACAGACAUGUUUGAAGUUGAUGAUUCUUGGCAUGACACACCGCCAGAAGGUUUCAAUUUAACUCUGUCUGCUUUUGCAACAAUGUGGGCUACACUAUUUGGAUGGAUAUCCCGGUCAUCUUUGGCCUAUGUGUACAUGCUUGAUGGGAGCUCUGUGGAAGAAUUGUUGAUUUCCAGUGGGAGAGAAUAUCCACAGAAGACAGUUUCCAAAGAUAGCCAAUCAUCUGAAAUUAAAAGAACUUUAGCUACUUGCAUCGGUAAUGCACUUCCAGUGCUUACAUCAAAUUUGAGGAUGCAAAUCCCAGUUUCCAAGUUGGAGACUACUCUGGGAUACUUGAUCGACACUAUGUCUUUUGUUGAGGCACUGCCUCCUCUGAGGUCAAGGCAAUGGCAAUUGAUGGUCCUGGUGCUGCUCGAUGCACUCUCUGUUUGCCGGCUUCCUGGUCUUGCUCCAGUGAUGUCAGAUUCGAAGCUUCUGCAGAAGGUUUUAAACUCGUCUCAGGUUAGCCGAGAAGAGUACGACUCUAUGGUUGACCUCUUUCUCCCAUUUGGAAGAUCCGUGCAGACACCCCCACCAAGUCAGCCUGUACAAGUUCCGUGAAUCGUCCAGGAGGGGAUCAAUCCUGUACUGAGCACAGGGUCUGGACGUAUGUUCAGUCGUAGUAAAUAUAAGUCGUUCCAUGCCAGCAUCAGAAGCACGACAGUCAAUUCAAAUACCGCCACGGCGACAGCCUCCACCAGCAGGUUCUCUAGAACACGUAUCACAGAUAUCGCCGCCUUGCCAUUGCCUGCAAUAUUCCUCUCCCGUUGCUAUCAGCUGCGUGCGUGCAGAGUCUUGUUUCCUGUCAUUCUCAGGGACUCUACUUUAGGCCUUGGAGAGAGCAAGAGAUAACUGCUCCGAGAGCAAUGUUUAGUAGUAUCACAUCAUAUCUUCCUGGACUUGCCAACUCAUUCAGAAUCAGUAGUGCGUCUGUUCUCUCCAAACGAAAAGGAAGAAAAAUGUAGUUAUGUUAUCUAUAACCAUUUGACUCUAGGUUUUGCAGCUUGGUCCAUCCGUGUGUCACCUGGCUAUCUGAAUGCCAACCCCAUUUGUGAGGUGCCGCUGUCGCUGUAUGCGUAUAUGCAUUUGAAAUUCUGCAUCGCCCAUCACCUUCAGUUACAUUGUCAAAUGUAGUGGCUGUUCCUA